AUGCACUUCGCAGAGUUGCUUUUGUCUGAAGUAGCUGUGAAUGGCUUGGAGGGAGUCACAGUGAAUCAGCUGUGGCACAAUUUAAAAGAUGAUAGACUUAGUUUUCCGUGGAGAAUCGAUGAUGACAGCAAACAAUUUAUUUGGUCCACUCUCAUGAAAAUGAGAAAUAUCAGGUAUUAUGUUAUGCCACGUCCCGUUGCGCUGCGUGAAACAUUCAGUCGUAUUGACUGCCUAGUGGAAAUGAAGGAUGGUACAUACUACAAACUACCUGAUUCACUGCCUCAAGUUAAGUUUUUCCCUGUAACUAAAGAUGGUGUAUUUGGAUCGUCAGAGUAUUAUGAGGAGAGAAAAGAUAUCACGGAAGUAAUUCACAAUGACGCUUCUUGUGACAUGCUACAAAAUGUUAAUGACAGAUGGGGUGACACUCUAGUAUUAGUGGCAUCACAGAAAGAAAGAAACAGAUUCCUCUUUGGAAACCCGAACAUACCUCGUAGCUUCUCCACAGGCCUGUAUGUUAUGGUAGAAGCUAUUGCUAAGCACAAGUACAAUGGGUUAUCUACUACGCAUUAUGAUGGAUUACUUUCUUCUGGUAUGGCAACUGGUACUAUAUGGUAUAUGCGUCAAAAACUGGAGAAAAUGGGUGUAAUAAAAUCUCAGCCCUACUUAAUGAAGGUAGGCAAAAAGCCUGUAAUGCCAGGUUUACUUCUGCAUCAUAGGAAAUAUUACAUACAUUUUCCGUUUCCGCCUGCAAUCUUUAUGGAUAGGAUAACGCAAUUUUUACUAACUAAACCAAAAAACAAGUGUUUCGGAUUCGAGAUUCGCAAGUUUAUCGGUAUUACUUCGAAAGGAAUCAAGCGAACUCUUAAAUUUGGUGCGAGACAUGGUUGGCUGGACGUCAUUAAUAUAAGUUUUAGAGGCGCUUGUGCCGUGAUCCUUGAUAAGAAUGAAGAUGAUAUAGACGAUGAGGACAUGCUCAAUUUGCUUCAGAAGACUAAUUGUGCAAUAGACCCGCAUCAUCGAUAUCCAUGCAUGGUCAAUUUGGUAUCGCUUAUCAAGCCAUUUAGCAUGGACUCCUGGAUAUCUGAAUGUGGUCAAGGUGAAAAUGCUUUUGGGUUCAAGAAAUGUAGGAAAGAAGAAUAUGAUAUCGACUCUGAUGACGCUUUCGACGAGGAAUACGAAGCUGUUGAUGACCAGCUGGAAUUAUCAUCAGUAAAGCCUGAUAAUCCCGACAAUACUGAGUUUAAAUUGAAAGAGCAACAGGCUGCUUCCUCUGCAUUUGAUACCCAGAUAUCCAUGAACACUUCCUUUUGUCUUCCUGUGUCCAGCAAAGUUCAGUGUCUAGUGUACGCUAAAAGAUUACUCGCCUUCAUUCCCUCACUCAAUAUUGACGAAUCCAUAGCAGUUCAAAUAGUUCGUAUCCUAAUCAUAAACGAGUGCACAAUGGCUGAACUUUUAGCGGUAACAAAAACAACCUUAUCCAAUUUACGUCGUACUCUGAAAAGCCUGGUUACAAUUGGCGCAUUGAAAGCUGUAAAACGGUCUAUGGACUCUACUUUUGUUCUUUACUAUAGCAUAGUAACUGAUGCAGAUAGAAUAGAAACCUUGAAAGUUAAAUCAACCAAAACCCUCCCAGUAAUGCAAGCAUUACCAACCGUCCAGACGCAGAGACAAAAUCGUCGAGCCUUUGUCCUUGAUUAUCUGGAAAAAUAUCGUGUAAUCGCUUCUGAAUAUUCAUUGCGUCAGUUGAUUUGGGACCAUGAACGGUCAAUUGGUUUGAAAAUUCGUAUGGAUCGUAAAUCGUUGCGCAGAAUUUUAGAGGAAUUAAUCCAAGCCAAACUAGCUACGAUUAUCAGGACAAAAUCGCUUAAGGGAGAUGUCACUUUUAUUUGUCAGCCCGAUAUCAAGGAAGAUGAUCCAUUGAUACUUACAGCCAUUAAAAACAUGGAUCUUGCAGCUAUCCGUAAUUUACCUUUACACGAUGAGAAAAGCACAACUGUUGUAUUCAGUGCUGAUCAAGUUUCAAGGAUUGAAGGUAUUAAUCCUUUAUCGUCUGAGGCUAUGACUAUUGUACUGCAUAAGAUGCCGUUGUUGCCGAAAAUGCGUCGACGAUCACUCGUUCAUGAAUAUUUAUUUCAUGUGAUAUACGGCUUGUCUGAUACACCGUGUCCCAUAAAACCUCAGACUAAAAGUGAACCCCCAGUCUUCUGUGAUGAUGAUACGUGGCGCAGAUAUGUGGCUCCUUUAGAGCACUUAAGAGAUAUGAAAAAUGGUUGGUUUCUGAUUGGUGAAGUUUUACGCGGUAUUCCUUUUGGCUUAUAUUUAAGACUUACAAUCACGACAUCAUUACCACGUAUACUAUGUCGGUGGCUUAAACUUGACAAUUUGUUAUCUGAUCUAACCAAAGAAGAAGUUGAACACUUAGAUUCUGAAUUGACACGUUUUUACAAUGCCAACAUGAUAAAUCAAAAAGAUGUUCCAGUUAGAGAUCUGUUACGAUAUCCUUUACGAUAUGUUGAAUUACCAGGCGGAUCAAGAGGUCUACUUAAUGACUGGUUGUUAUCUGCUAAAAAAUUGAGAACAGUGUCUGCAAUGAUUGAAGAUUUGUCAGGUGUCACUGGCUUAGUUUCUAUGCAACAGAGAAAUGUUUCUCAGGCGAAAACAAGUAUGCUUGGUUUUCUUCAUCGUCGAGCGAGUCUACUGGAUACUCGUACUGCUGUUCCAGCCUAUCAAAUUUUGACCAAUCUGGAACAUACAGAAGUGAUACAGUUUGAUUUUCAAACUGCUGUUGAUGUUGCCAGCUAUUGGUUAACUUGUGAAACUAUUGCACGCAAUACUCCCCUCGGUCACAAUUCUUGCAAGGACAAGAUAAGCUCAGAAUUUCUACCCCCACUAAUACCAAGAGUCUCUGCUGAACCUGUGGAUGAUGGUGCUUUAAUUGUCUUGAACUGGCCAGAAGAAAUUUUGUCAAAGUUUAAAAAUGUUUUAUCUGAUGGUACUGAAUUAUAUCCUUGUGGUGCCUGUGGAUACCACCCAAUUGAUUGUACUUAUAAUGCUAGAAACUGGGGUGCAACACGUAAUGUAAAAUCUAAGCGUAAAGGGGAUGCAGACCGCCUUUUAUAUCUUUUGGAAGAAUUUACUGGUCUGGAUGAUGCUUGUGGUUUUACUACUCCAAGUGAUGAACCUUUCUGGCCUUGGUUUCCUAGCUUGUUCUCCGAUCUUCAUGUUCCUGCAGUAUUAAAACCUGUGGAUACGCCACAUGUAGUCAGAAGACGAUCAUGUGCUCGUCGUUCCCUAAGAAAUAAUCGUCCAUACCCUGAUGGGAACGGUUUUAAUAAAAGGAAUGAAACGCGAGAAGUCAAUCCAGUGUCACCCAAUACUGCUGAGAGACCAGAAGCUCGUGAUACUGAUAGUAUCUUAAAAGACAUACGACGACAAAAUUUACUAGAUGCUUCAGUAAAUCAUAGAAAUGUCAACCAACACCUAUCAAAGGACCUAUCAUCAUCUGAAAAUAAAGAGAAUGUUAUCAACAGUUUGUCUUCACACGUGUUAUCCAGUUUCACUCCAAGUCAAACAGUUGUUGUUCGUCGAAUACGCGGAAUCUUAAAACAGCAUGGAAGAAAGCAAGGCUAUGCUCAGUCAGGUCCAUAUGAUUUAUAUCUUCGUGCACCUCGUUGUUCCUGGUCUAAAUUGGAAGACCGUUUGCUGAUUACUUGUAGAAUCGCCUCUGUGCUGAUAGCUGGUGAAACGCGUAGAGAAUAUAUUACUGCACCGUAUACAUUUGUUCGAGAUGUACUACACCGUUAUAUUCCUCAGUUGCACUAUUUGAAAACUCCUGUGGCUUGUGCGAGACGACUUAAGGCACUUUUGCUAAGUAAAGGACCUGAGUGGGUUUCUGGAAAGUUACUUUUCUCUCGUGUUUCUAGUCGUCCUGAUUGGCAGUUAAAGUAUAAUUAUGGACGAGAUAAGUGGCGUAUUAUGUGUAAGGAUGAAACAGAGCAGGCUAGAUUAAUCUUCUUGGAGUUAGUUCACAGUAUUGUGAACACAUUCAUGCCUCAAGUUUUGAUGAGACUUAAUAGUCUUACGACGGGAAAGCGUGGGAACCAUGUAGCAAAAAAAUCUGAAAAACCGUUCAAUCAAGGAUCAGACAAACCUUUAUCGAUUGGAUCUAGUCGGGCGGAAAUGGAGUCUACUUAUGAUCUAAUACCCUUGUAUGAUCCUUCUGAUCAAAAUGGACUACCAGAAGUCGGAAAUGAUCGUCUUAUGAUUGUACUGUACACAAUGUAUAACUUCAUUUUGGCAGCGUUUCGUUUCUCCUCUGACCAAACGGAAUCAUCGGCAUUCAAUGAAUCUUUGUUUCUUUGGGUUAUUAAACACUAUCCAAAAGCACAAGUUAACCAUGCUAUCGCAUUACUCAUGAAGAAUCAUAUAAUCAAACGACCUAAAUCGUAUGAGAAGAAGUCCGAUCCUGGUUUUCGUAGCGUGAAUUCCGUGCGUAUUGCGUUAAGUCACAGGUUUUCUCGCUGGACCCAUGGAGAAUUUACUACACAAACUAAGUAUAUUCAUGAGGCCUAUUCAAUUUGGUUAAGUGGUAUAAAACACCUGAGUUUAUAUCGGAACGAUGACGUCAAUAUGAUUGAUAAGGCUUCAGCAACAGUAUCUUUUCAAUCAACUAGACAAGAAGUAGAGGUGGUGGAAACCGAUCAACUAUCAACGAGGUUAAUACACAGACAUUUAUUCGGCGACGUAUCGACUGGUGGUUGUGUAGCAUUUUUCUUGGAAUUAUUAUUAUUCUAUCCAUUUGUCAAUGUUCAAGUAUCAAUCAGAGUGGAAGAUAUAAUCUUAGUUGGAAGUAAUCAAACAUGUCCUGAUGAUCCGGUUGAUCUACUGUCGUUGCAAACAAUUAAACAAAAUUCUGCUAUGCGACUGAAACCGACCGAAUUACGCAAAGAUUUACUAUACCGUAUGGGUGUAUCUAAUGAUGUACUGAAUGAUCCAUUGUUUGUUGGUGACUACAACUUUAUGCGACAUUCACGUUGGUUCGAUCAUCAUUUAUCAUUUACUGGUGGUUAUAUCCAAGCUGUUUUGACAGACAGUAACAUUGAUGGUAGCUUAGAUACAAGUUGGAGUUUACUCAAGUUUUCUGAGGCAAAUGCAAACUCAUUAAAGCCAUUGGUUCAAUCGGCUAGUAAUUCAAUAGUUUUCCAAAUACCUGAUUCUGGAAGAAACUGUGUCAAUACCAGUGUUGUUCAGAAUAAAAUGGGAUUAGAUGUGGAUUUGGAUAUGAGUACGGAAGAAAGUUUAUCUUCACGUCUUGAAGAUUAUAUUCAAACAGGUCGGUUCAGUGGUCGUUCUAUUUCAGAAAUUAAGGAAAAUAUCGGCGAUCGAAAAGGUGUUUUAGAUGCACUGCAGCAUUUGUUGGAUACCCAUGUGGUAUUCAAUAUUGGCAGUAAUUCUUCUCGGUUCGUUCAUCAGAAACACAUACGUUUGUGGCUAGUUCACUUAAAACCAAAUAUAAAUUUUCAUUCAAAUGUUAAACAGAAUUUGACUGAAGUGGUAAAACUUGAUGAUCCUGAAUCUACUCUUCAACCGAAAAGGGCUAAGUUAGAUCAAGCAUUAACAGAAACAGUUGACAAUCAAACUGACCCAAACUCAUCGAGUGUAGAUAAUUUACCUUCAGAGUUAUUCGCUCAACAACACCAAACUUUAUUUGGUCAACAGGCUAUUCGUCAGCUACUAUGCUUUUUGCGAGAUAUAGGAGCAAUUCGUAUGGUCCGUGUGGUGGCCAGUUCGCAAGCAUGUCUGUUUUCUGACCCAGUUACUUAUUCUGUUUCAGACGAUAUUCUCUUAGCAUCACCUGAAGAGUUAACACUAAUCCCUGAACCAAAUUAUGUGACACUAAUUGGUACAUUUACGGAUCUUUAUAUUCAACAGAACAGCAGCAUAAAUGUCAACGAUAGUGGCAGCAAAAGUAUUCAAUGA